AUGCCGCCGCUCGAGCGCCUCGUUCACCUGAUCAAAUGGGCACUCUCCUUCUGCCUCUGCGUGAUACUGGCUCUCCUCCUCAAAGACGGACUUUGUGCUUCGACCCGCCAUGGAAACUCGGACUCUUCCUCUGGGGGGCCCGGCCCCGGCCCCGGCCCUGGUAGUAUUGCCUUAGGGUCUGGAUUGUAUGACCUGGAGCUUGGUACCAUGGAGCCCGGUACGGGCAACAACCCGCCCGGUGCUUCUCAGCCAACUCAUGGAUCUGGACAUGGCUCGAACCCUGUCAACGCUGCACAGCUCUCCCCUCAGGCCCGCUCACCCCUCGAUCUCUCGAUGGAUCCUCAUGAUAUCAUCCGCAAUGCCUUUUUCAACGUACUAAUCAUCCACCUUCUUGUUAUCCAGUUUGUUUCGUCUCGUGGCAAUGAGUAUUUCUGCGAGAUUGACGAGGACUACCUCACCGACCGUUUCAAUCUCACUGGUCUGAACACCGAAGUCUCUUACUACCAGUAUGCGCUUGAUCUUGUGACCGACGUCUUCGACCUUGAUGCCGACGACGACCUACGUGAACAAAUUGAAAAGUCGGCGCGCCACCUCUAUGGUCUUGUCCAUGCUCGAUACAUCGUCACCACUCGGGGUCUCGCCAAAAUGCUCGAGAAGUACAAGAAGAGUGACUUCGGAAAGUGCCCUCGCGUCAUGUGCGACGGCCAUGCCCUCCUGCCUAUCGGCCAAUCUGAUCUGGCAAACAUGUCCACCGUCAAGCUGUACUGCCCCAAGUGUGAAGACAUCUACAACCCCAAGUCGUCUCGACACGCCUCCAUCGAUGGUGCAUACUUCGGCACCUCAUUCCACUCCAUCCUUUUCCAAGUCUACCCUGCUCUCAACCCCGAGAAGAGCUGCCGUCGCUACGAACCCCGUAUCUAUGGCUUCAAGGUGCACGCCGCAGCGGCCCUUGCUCGCUACCAGGACGGAGAGCGAGAGGAUCUCAAAAUGCGCCUCGCCGAAGCCGACAUCCAACAUCGCUUUAUCGAAGAUAGCGAGAGCGAUGACGACGCCUUCCAAUAUGACCAGGAUUACCCCGAGGGUCGCGCUGAAACUGCCAAGGCCCAGACCCAGGUCGGCGAUGCCGCUCCCGCGAUGGAGAUCGGCAACUAA